AGGGGGGGAUCGUUACAGGAGUUACACUUGUGUUGAUGAGCCAUUCUCUUCUGCUGCAGCAUUUAGUACAAUUCCCACGAAUAAACUUCUAUAUUUGUAACACUAGUGAACACCAGAGCCAGCUCUAUCAUCAUGUCUGGUGGUCCAGCGGUGAGGAUCAGCAUCGAGUCUUCCUGUGAGAAGCAGGUGCAGGAAGUGGCCCUGGAUGGGACCGAGACUUAUGUCCCUCCUCUGUCCAUGUCCCAGAACUUGGCAAAGUUGGCACAAAGAAUUGACUUCAGCCAGGGUUCUGACUCGGAGGAGGAUGUCGAGGGGGAACCCAAAGACCGAGAGUGGGGCAAGCAGGACGCAGAGGAAGAAGAAGGCACAGUGAAGUUUCAGCCAUCUCUUUGGCCCUGGGAUUCGGUGCGUAACAACCUCCGCAGUGCCCUCACAGAGAUGUGUGUACUCUAUGAUGUGCUCAGUGUGGUGAAGGAGAAGAAGUACAUGGCCUUAGACCCAGUGUCUCAGGAUCCAACAGCUGGAAAGACACCUCAGGUUUUCCAGCUGAUCAGUAAAAAAAAAUCAUUGGCCACAGCAGCACAGAUCCUUCAGAAGGGAGCAGAGAAGCUCAGUAAGUCAGUCGCAGAGAACCAGGAGAACAGGAGGCAGAGGGACUUCAACUCUGAGCUGCUGCGACUGCGCUCACAGUGGAAACUACGCAAAGUUGGAGACAAGAUCCUGGGAGACCUCAGCUACCGCAGUGCAGGCUCCCUGUUCCCCCACCAUGGCACAUUUGAAGUGAUCAAAAACACUGACAUUGAUCUGGACAAAAAAAUCCCAGAGGACUACUGCCCAUUGGACGUCCAGAUUCCCAGUGACCUGGAGGGGUCUGCUUAUAUCAAGGUGUCCAUUCAGAAACAAGCUCCCGACAUCGGGGAUCUGGGAACUGUCAGCCUCUUCAGAAGACAGAAGAGCAAAGCUGGUAUGCAGCCAUGGCAUGUGAAGCUGGAGGCGGCUCAGAAUGUGUUGCUCUGUAAGGAGAUCUUCGCCCAGCUGUCCAGGGAGGCAGUUCAGAUUAAAUCCCAGAUACCUCACAUUGUUGUGAAGAACCAGAUCAUCUCACAGCCAUUCCCAGGUCUGCAGCUGUCAAUCUCACUGUGCCACUCUACAGGAGAGAAGAAGAACAACCGGGCAUCUCCAGAGAAACCCAAACCAGAUGACCAUCUUUAUGUACUAGAACACAAUCUGCAUCAGAUGAUGAGAGAGUUUCACAAGCAGCAGCUGAGCUCCGUGGUGAUGCCACGCCCUUCUAGCGCCCCCUUUGGCCACAAACGUCUGCGCCUGGCAGGGCCACUGGCCUAUGACAAGGCAGAAAUUGCCAGUUUGCAGCAGAGUGAGGGGCUUCUGGAGAAGAUCAUCAAACAGGCCAAACACAUCUUCCUACGUAGCAGGACAGCACGGACCAUCGACAGCCUGGCCAGUCGAAUUGAAGACCCACAGAUCCAGGCUCAUUGGUCCAACAUCAAUGAUGUGUACGAGUCCAGUGUCAAGGUGCUCAUCACCUCGCAGGGCUACGAGCAGAUCUGCAAGUCCAUCCAGCUGCAGCUGAACAUCGGUGUGGAACAGAUCAGGGUGGUACACAGAGAUGGACGUGUCGUCACACUGUCACACCAGGAACAGGAGUUGCAGGACUUUCUCCUCUCACAGAUGUCGCAGCAUCAGGUGCAUGCAGUUCAGCAGCUGGCCAAGGUGAUGGGCUGGCACGUCCUGAGCUUUAGUAACCAUGUAGGUCUGGGCCCAGUAGAGAGCAUCGGAAAUGCCUCGGCGGUCACUGUUGCCUCUCCCAACGGAGAGUAUGCUAUCUCAGUACGUAAUGGCCCAGAGAGUGGGUGCAAAGUUUUGGUGCAGUUCCCUCGCAACCAGAUCAAAGAGCUUCCAAAAAGCGACGUCAUCCAAGACACCAAGUGGAGCCACCUCAGAGGGCCGUACAAAGAGGUCCACUGGAGCAAGAUGGAGGGCCGAAACUUUGUCUACAAAAUGGAGCUCCUCAUGGCAGCGUUGACUCCCUGUCCUUAGAUGAUGACUCUGCAGACUCCACCCAGGCAUAAAGUCAUGGUUUAUUUACGUGAAAAGGACAAUUUUCUUUUAUAGAUUCUCAACUUCACAUUUGAAAGAGACAACACUGUCAUUUUUUUGUUUUUUUUAAUCAACUCAUGGACUGCCAUAAACUCUUUCCGCACAAGUGUCCCCUGUCUGUUGAUAAUCUAAGGUGAGGACUGUGUAUACCUCAAACAGUUUGAUACAAAAUAAAAUCAGCAUCUCUGUGUA